AUGCGCAUCGCACAUACUCAAGCCGACCGACUGCUUGCCGUGGUCGCUCAGGGCGGAGGCAGCCACCACAUGUUCGACCCGGAGUGGAUUCGUGCCCAAAACCAUAUGGAGUAUCCUUUUGCGUUGGCCGAGGCUCUAGCUCAACAAUUUGGUUAUACGGAAGUACAAAAAUAUGCGGCUGGUAAUGCACGGGAGCGUUUAAGUCUUCUUGAGAGUAGGAUACUUAAUAAUGGCUGCACCUGGCUGUUACUGAUCAACGGCAUGGAAGACAGUAUCUUCCUUAUCAAAGACAGCAUCCUUCCUCUGCAACAUGGCAGAAUAAAAAAUAUAAAAAUUAUCAAGGGGAGGAGUUAUAGGUGGAUCACAGAAAAUCAUCUGGUUUUUUUACAAGCAUCAGUAUCAAACUAUUAA